AUGUGCAGCCGCAACGCCGCCCCCACACCUACUCUUACCCCUGCCCAGUCUUUAUCCCAGCAAAGCCCCUCCCUCUUAAGUUUUGGGGACUCCAAGCCAGGGGCCAUCCGGACGGUGGGAGGCGGGGGCCAGGCUGCCGGCUGGAAAAAGCCCCCAGCAGCCGUGGACCCACCGGAUUCCCCUUCUCUAGGCUCCUCGCAGCCCGGGCCCGCCCCUGGGCGUAGCCAGCAGAGGGCGCUGCGGCCCAGGCCCCGCACCAGCCUGGCUCCCGCGGCACCCCGAGUAGGGGUCUCCCCUUCGGCUCGUCCCAGCCCCUGCGCGCAGGAGACCCGCUGGCCGUGGGGGGAGGGUGCGCGAUCCAAGGCCCCGACCCAAUGGAGGAGGGGCGAGGGUGCCUGUGUUCCCAGAAAAGACACUGAGGCCGGGUUGGGGGUCCGCCUGGUUGAGGGCCCGGGCGCCCGAGAACCUCGAGAGGCUGGGAGGAGCGCGGGUGCCGCGGGCCCCGGACUCCUGGGUCCCGCGCAGGGGAGGGAGUGGGGCUGUGGAGCUGCCGGACUGGCGGCUUAUGCGCCCUUGCAUUGGCUGCGCUGCUCGUCCGUCAGCGCAGCGUGGCCCAAUGCGCACGUCUCGGGGGCGGGCACUGGUGCUGAUGCUGCCGUCAGUCGGUGUUGCAGGGAUGCGGCGGCGGGAGCAGCCGCCCUGACUCGCGGAGCAUCCUCCUCGGAGAGGCACCGCGGCGGGGCAGGCGGGCGGGGACGCGGCGGGGAGUGAGAGAAGCGCGAGGCGGCAGACACCGCUAACGCCGGCUCUGCCACCCGCCGGAGACGGGGCGGCCCUGUGGCUCUGCUACCCACCCUGCAGCCCCUGACGCCCCGAGAACCAGGCAUCCUUCCCCGCGCGUUCGUCGGAGCCCGCGGCGGGGGAGGGGCGCUGCCGCCGCCGCCCGAGGGAAGCCGGCGCCUGGGCCUCUGCGCGCCUCGCCCCGCAGCCGGGCUCAUGGCACUGUGAGCCGGCGAGGUAGCCCCGCUGGUCGCGGGGAACGCCCGGCCCCCUCCCGCCCCAUGCGCCCGCGGCUCUGAAGCCUGAGCGGGGGCCGGGGGCCG